CGGAAGUCAACAGACGCGAGGAAAGCCGUUUGUUUUCCUGUCUUCAAUCAAGACGGUCCCGCGGUCCGAAUUAUGACCGAGGGGGCGAGAGGGUGACCGCCAGGAGUCUCCGCCAGGUCUCACCGGGUCUCACCGGGUCUCUUCUGUCCCCGGAGGACCGCCAUGGACUCCUGGGUCCGUUUCAACGCUCAGAGCCAGGCCAAGGAGCGGAUCAUCAGGGCAGCCCAGUACUCCUGCACCCUGCUGGGCUUCGCCCUGCACAGGCGGGACUCCUCCGGGGAGCUGCGGAGGACCGUCCUCCAGCUGGAGGCCCACCUCAGUCUGAGCAGGAAGCUGCUGCGCCUGGGGAGCUCGGUGGAGGCGCUGGAGGCGGCCAAGCGGAGUGUGCACCUGUCGGACAGCGUGCUGCGGCUGUGCCUCACCUUCAGCCACCUCAACAGAGCGCUGUACUUCGCCUGCGACAACCUGCUGUGGGCCGGCAGGACCGGCAUCCUGCCCGGCCUGGACCAGAACAAGUGGAGCCAGAGGUCCUUCCGGUAUUACCUCUUCGCCCUCAUCCUGAACCUGACCCGGGACGUGUACGAGCUCCGCCUCCUGAUGGAGCGCGAGGCCCGCUUCAGAGCCUCCAAAGCCCCGCCCUCCCCGGUCCCCGGCGGCGCCCGGACCCCCGACCGGCUGGCCGACCCGUCCCCGCCCUCGGCCGCCCUGCGGGCCGCCGCCUUGGCGUGGGCGUCGCUGCGCCGGCGGCUCCACCUGGUGGCGGCGGUGCUGUACGGCAACCCGCCGCUGCUGCUGGACCUGCUGAAGAACGGCUGCGACGUGUUCGUGCCGCUGGACCGCCUGGGGCUCUACCGCACCGGGCCCGGCUUCGUGGGCGCCUGCGGACUCACCUCCUCCCUGCUCUCCAUCCUCACCAUCCUCCACCCCUGGCUCAAGCUCAAACCCUGAGGAUCUGGACCAGGACUCUGAUCCUCUCCUGGACCUCUGAACUGGAUCGUUGUCCAGCUGCAGAGCCGCCUGGACCUGCUCGGCUGUUACACCUCCUACUAAUGAACCUGGCUUUUGAUGGAUUGUUGUAAUAUAAACUGAUAAAUAAACCUUGAGA